GCGCAGUCAAGCUUUGAGGCCAAGAAGUGCCGAAAAAGCUCCGUAUGCCAUUCGGAGCCAUCAUCACCUUCGGGGAAGAUCAGCUAUCUGUCGAACGAGUCCCCUCCAAUAGCCUCUAUGAACCUGACAUUGAGGCCACCAGUGCAGACACCCACUCGGAGCCACCAGUACCAGCAUACGGCUCACUUCAGCCGGUCACGCAAGAUCUUCGACAGGGGCCCCGAUGUUCCUGCACCGGUGGCAGAGGAUGACACCGAAGAACAGCUCAGUGCGCGCAUCUCGUCACCCCUGGUGACGACAACAUUUGUGGACUGGUGCUCCCGGUACUUCACCCGUCCGCUCAACAAGAUUUUGGAUGUUCCUCAACUGGGAGCAGGGGACUCCUUGGCCGCUAGGGAGUCCCCCUGGUGCCAAGUGGUAUCGCAGACCUCCGACCCCGAAAGCAUGGAACACCAGCAAAGGGAGUGGAGGUUUCUGCGCAAUGCGCGGAUAAGGGCGGCUGCGCAGGCUGAACGUCGGAAAACCGCAACUGGGGUGCGCCUGGACGAGCAGGUGUUCUACAGCCGGUGCCCCAGCGUUCCCACCUGCCUGGCCUUCCACCCAUAUGAGGCAGAGAUCUGUGUUGCCAACAGGGAUUCCUACAGUCUCUGGGACGACCACGGGAACCUUCAGAGUUGUCACAUGAACGACAAUCCCGCACAGACACGCAUCACUGCUCUGACUUACCUGAACGCACAUGAUGUACCACUGCUGCUCCUGGGAUCAGAUGACGGAGCCGUCCGUGUCUGGCGCAACUACAGCUCGUCCAACCGUGAACUGGUGGCAGCCUUCCAAGCCCUUGGAGACGUCCCAAUGACAGCGAGAGGAUCUGGUAUGGUGCUGGAUUGGGAUCAAGAGACGACGACGCUGAUCACAUCUGGUGACGUCAAGGUUAUCCGAGUAUGGGACACCAACCAGGAAAAGAAAGUUCUGGACAUGCCCACUGGUGUAGACUACCCCAUCACAAGUCUCUCCAUCGACCAUGAGGGCUCUCUGCUCGUUGCUGGAUGUGGUGACGGGACCAUCCGGGUCUACGACCGACGGCUACCACCUGCGGACUGCCGCAUCAUGACGCUUCGCGAACACAGCAGCUGGAUUGUGAGCGUGCACCUGAACGUCCGGGAGCGUCGCAUCACCAGUGGCUGCGUGACCGGCGACGUGCGCUUCUGGGAGUUGGGCCAGAGCUGCUCCACGCACACGGUCUCCACGCAUGUUGACAUGACUGCCAUGGCCGUCCACCCGGUCUUUGACGUGUUUGCGUGUGGGUCGGCGAGCCAACAGAUCAGCGUGUUCAACAAGGAAGGGGACAACGUGGGCUCCAUUCGUCACCAUGACUGGUUCAUCAACCAGCGUGUUGGUCCCGUCUCUUGCCUAGCCUUCCACCCGAACAAGAUGUGCCUGGCUUCAGGAAGCACGGACUCCAUCAUCGGGGUCUACACGACAGACCGCAAACACUGACGGAGACGAGAAGACUGUGCCUUAUGCAAUGUGGAAGGGAGACGUGAACGCCGUGCACGGAGCGCGUCGGCAUGCGCGCCCACGUACAAUGUGCCAUUCUCUGUGAAUGUCGAAAGGGAGAUCAGAAGUUGCAUUGUUAGUAUGUGAUGCCUGUUCACCAUUGUCAACUGCUCUUUCGUUGAGGGAAUCGAAAACGAUCCCCCAUAUCUCUGUUCUUCGUCGAUUUCCGUGACUCCAUUCUCAUUGUGUUGAUCACUUGUAGCAUAGGUGUCGACUGCGAGGGGGCUGGAGGGCUUGAGCCCCCCCCCCCCCCUGAAAUUCUUCCGACAGGGUGGCUGUGCCCCCCGGAAGUUUUUCCAACAGUGUGACUGGGUGACUGCACCCCCGAAAUUUUUCUGACGGGGUGGCUGGGUCCCCCUCUGAAAUUUUUCUGACAGGCACCACCCCCUGGAAAAACAGCCCAAAUUGCGUGUUCCCCCCCCUCCCCCCUCUACUUGAAAGAUUGAAAACUCGGCGCCUAUUGCUUGUAGUAGCUGCUGCGGCAGUGUUUGUGUUAUUGCGACACACCGUUUAUGAGGCUAGCGUUGUAGUUAGCCACGUGGGUGGUGCCGUCUCAUCACUUGCGGUUGAAAUCUACUCUGCUUGUAAAGUAGUGUUCGCAAAACGAUUGUUACAAGGCUUGCCACUCCGGCACCGAGAGCUUAGUUGAAUCGACAUGUCCAUCACCGUUGCCGAACGUUUGGUCAGUGUGACCCCUUCGGUAGUGGCGGUUUGACGGAUUAGCAGAAAAGUGGUGGUACCUACUGCGAAGUGUUUGCGAGAAAAAAAAUUGUGCAAAAUGAGAGCUUUGUGCAAGCAGCCAGGAUUGUCGUGAAGUACCUGUCACGGACGUGCCUAGUCAUAGCAUGGAAGCUGUUUUUUGCCAGCUGUUGGAAAGUUGUUUUGACUGUGCUUGGUUGCAGUGUGGAAAGUUGACUAGAAGGUUUGUACAGGGAAUGUGAUGGAAAGUAGUGGUCUUUUCUUUUUUUGAGCUAGUAGAACUAGCUGCUUUAUUCUUCACAAGUGUAUAUAAUUUUUUUUUCUUGUAAGUAGAAGGUGUGUUAGGCAGCUCUCUUUAUUGCUUGGGAAAAAGUUCAUUACAUGUCCUUAAUAUUUCUUCAAAGCUGUCAUUUCUUAACUUUGAGCUCGCCUGUCAAACACAUUUCACUGAACAUAAGAUUUCACUUUUUCUAUUCUGUAAAAGUCUCUGUUAAAACGUGUUCUUUAUGGCACUGUUGGUCUGUAACAGCACACUGCCUUCAUGAAAGCUACUGCAUUUUUUUAUGUCGCUUUUCUGAGUGAGAAAAGCGAUUUCUUCUCAAUUUCAAAAGCAGAUAACAUGCAGAUAAUUGUAAAGUACAUGAAUCAUUUAUGAGAUAUACGUAGUAAUGCCUCUCAUGCAUGCCUUGUUCUGUACAUAAGCGGCUGUGCUUUGGGCAGCACGAGUGAAAGAUUUGUUAAGACAGUCUUUGUUGUUACGCAAAUUAUCUAAGAGCUAAGUGACAUCAGCUGGCUACUAUUUCAGAGACCACUGACAAAUUGCUCAUUAAUUUAGAGCGUAUCGUGUCGAUUUUAGCCCAUAGUUUGCCUGCAAGGCGGGAAGUGAACAAAUUAUCAUGUGAACACGCAUUCUUCUGAUGUGGCAUGUCACACGUGUCACAUGUCACAACACAAACAUCAAAAAGCAGAAAAAGAUUCAUGCUAUGCCAGCCAAUGUUUUUAAUGAAAGCACGAGACGUUUCAGCCCCUGCACAGCCUGCUAUAAAUUCAAGGUUUGAUGGAAGCUGAUCUGGUUGGGAUGAAAAACUUGAAAGCGUGAGCAAUUCACACUAUGCCAACCAAAGCCCUUUAGCGAUUAGACGUGAAAUUCGUGAAUAAGGCCUCCACAGUGCUCACGUAUGUCAUUUUGUAUGCUCGUCUGUGUCUUUUUUGUGCUAUCUUUUUUUUGUUAGAAUGGAUGCACAUCAACUUGCCAAGUCUCAGUUUUGAUGCUUCCGCACGCGCGCUGAAACGUCUCGUUGUUUCAUUGAGAACUUAGGUCAGCAUAGUAUGCAUUUUUUAACCCUUUGGUAUUUUUCAUCCCAACCAUAUGUGUUUUCUUUGAACAUUGAAUUUCACCAUGGCACUAUGUAAAACCUGACACACUGCGAUAAAUGCCCAUGAAGCUUGGGUUCUGUAAUCUGUCAAAAUCUGGUCGUUCGUUUGGCCAUGCAGUCUGCAAGCUAGAGGAACUGUCCCUGCUGGAAUUGUGUCAUUCUGUAGCAUGCAACAGCUUAUAAUUGUCCAGCGGUGCUCUUAGUCCAAGGCUUACUCCGCAGGUUCUAUUUUAAGUUGACAACACAUACAAUCAGAGACUUCAGUCCUCUAUCGUUCUUGCAUUCUGUACCGAUAGAAAUGAGCCACUGUAGUGGGAAACAUGGCCUCUCAUGAAUUGCAGAAGCAGGAAAAUAAGUCUGCCACUGUCAACAGAGUAUUGUCCAAGAAGCCGGUAUGCUUGUACAGUCAUUAACAAUAUGAAAGGGAACGCUGGAAUUAUCUUCAAGAGGCCGUAGUGGUCAAACGCAGUUGUCGGGUGCAAAAGUGUUCAUAGCAGUAAACUUUCAUGUGGAAAUGUAUAGUACGGUCCACUGUUAAAGGGAACACUCGAAUGAGCAACUUUAAUUUUGUUGGCCCCCUAACGGCUAGUGGAUGCGGAAAGAUUGUUCGUGCACAUUACUGGUCUAUCAUAACGGUUCCGAACUGCCAACCACCAGUAGUGUUAUGCAGAUCUAAGCCACUAUGCUUUUGCACAGGAGUGAAAUCCGGACAUACUCGAAACGCAAGUGUUCCCUUUAACAGUGGACCCGUCUGUACCUUUUUGCAAAUCAAUACAACAGAUUUCUAUGCACGCAUGAUCGAUAGCUGUUUAGGGUUGCCACCUGUCCGGUUUUAGACCGGCCCGGCCGGUUUUUUAGAUAGCGGGCCUGUUGCCGGUCCGCUUCUGCCACCAUUGGCCGUUUUUUUUUUUUUUUUUUUUUUUUGUCAUACUAUCCCAAUUAUUUAUUUUCUGGGGCAUUUUAUAAGCGUCAGUUAAACAACUACGAUGGUAAAUAUUUAUCGUCAAUCACCGAAACUCUUGCACUAUUAGUCAGCCCCUUUUAAAGAUCCCUUCAAAUGGAACGAUAAUUAGAUAAUUGCACGUGUGUGUGUAUCUAUAUAUAUAUCACUGUAUACAUUUUAACGUUUGUUUGUGCCUGCAAUGCCACUGGCCUGGUGGAUUCAGACGCAAAGAAGAGCUUUCUAUGGACGAAUUAUUGCAGUUCCUUUUCAGUGCACCACAGAGCUAUGAACAAAGCGUCAUUCUAAUCAGUGGUAUUUUUAUGCCAGCAAUUAGACCAGUUGGUUAGCUCACUGUGCUGUUUUUGUUUGUACAUUAGGUUUAGUUCGCUCAAGGAAAGCAGUGUUACGUUAAAUUGAACUGCAUGCGGAAGACUUGAUAUGGCGUCUAUAGUUCAGCCCCCCACCGUGGAGUCAAAGGGCCGUUUUUUUUGGGGUUUUUUUCGGGAAAAGGUGGCAACCCUACAGCUGUUCCUUAAACAUGUAAGUCGGCGUGCCCUUUCGUAUGGCACACGACUGUAUAUUGGUCAGCUUACAUUGGCAAAUACAGUAUUCAUCAGAAUGUCACAUGCACUCCCAUGGCUGGGGUGCAGAAAUAUAAAUAAAAUUAUUAGCCUACGACCUAGUGGUCGACCUCCUCUUAGCUACUGGUCACUUAAAGACUGGCUUUUACUCGGGAGUGGUUUUAAAAGACAUCUUAAAAUAUGGGGCAGGCACUAGCUAUGACAAGAAAAAUGUGAAAAAGAAAUUAUUAAUACAAGCCUACCUCUCAUUUGAGUAUGUUGCAGUGAAGUUUAGCGUGUACAAAUUACACUGUGUAAACUCAGCCAGAGACCAUAGUUCAGUGUCUUGUGUACACUUCUGAUCCAUAUUUUGCAUGGCUCUUAAGUUGAAGGGGUACUGACACAAAAACUUUAAUUGUCGUUUUUUUUGUGUCAAAUGCAAGGUCAAGCCCUUAGGAGCCUAGAAACAGUAGUGCUAAGCGCAAGUGCACCUUGAAAAAGUAAUUACAGUAUGUUUUUAAAAGCUAGUUUCGGUUCCUACUGUACCCUGUCGUCACAACACGGUAGGAGCUUCUCGUCACGUGCUCGCACAAUAUAUAGUGAAGUUUCCACGGCCGCUCCGCACCGUGUCUCCGUUGGUGACGCACAAGCGGCCGUCUUGAAAGUUUUGGUACCUGACAUCACCACAACUAGCCAGACUGCUGCAUGAAGUCACCAGAAUCAGUACUGUUGCCCGACGUCAAGCUAGUGUCGAUGUCGGUAGGUGUGCCAUGGAAAAAGUUACUUCAAUAUCAAAACAAAAAAUAUCAGCAUUUGCUGAGCUUCACACUUGCUCAGAGCCGUCUCUGCGUGCAGGAGAUUUGUAUGGCAGAGUAAACUCGGCUUCAAAAAAAAGGUGUCAGUACCCCUUUAAGUUGAAUGAAUAGCACAAAAGAUGAAUGAAGAGGUUUUCUUUGUUUUCUGCCUACAAAUUUGAAAGCAUCUUCAGGUUUUAAAGAAUGCUUUCACAAGUGUGCAAUAUUGCAUACAAGUGCGCCAUUGCAAGCUCCUCACAUAAUCACGAUCUCAACCUAUGCGACAUAUUUUGUGUACUGCAAUGAUUUUUGUUGUCAUUGAAAUGUUGGCACUCAUCACAUAAAGUUGUUCUGUUCGCAAUCUUGUGGCAUUUUUUUUCAGCAGUACGUUUGUGAACAUUUGCUCCUGUAGAUGGGAGAGGAGCUUAGACUGGCCUUCAGUCGACAGAAAAAUUACCUUCAAAUGGCCUUCAGUCUUGAUAGAACUACAAAGUUGUUCUCGCCCCCAGAUCUCUGAGCACCCUACUUUUUAUUAGUACAAAGAAAACAGUGCACACUAACAUGCACCCAAUUUUUCGGUCUCUGGACCACACAUGGGAACAAAGUGUCUGAAUGCAAGACUUUUAUGAUACUGCGCGGAAUUAUUGUCACAAUGAUGUAUAGCUGGACACAGUACCUUAACAACCAAGAUUUGCUAAAUUCUCAAUAACACAGUUUUCUUUCUGCACUGGACAUAUUUUUGCUUCUGAUUUUUUGGCUAUUAUAGUACUUGAAUGCUGCCUCUGCCUAAAAAAUGCAGAAAUCAAUAUUACCUUAAAGCUACAGUAAGGAGAAAAAUAACUUCUCUCGUGUUCCCACACGACACUUAGAGAGGAUACAAAAAAAAAAAGCAACUCCACCUUGACGUUACCGCACCAGAUUGUCAUGAAUUCAAAAUUUUUUCCAUAUCUACUCGGGCCUAUUCAACGCUUUAUUGAUAACAAUAGAUUGCAUAGUGUUUUAAGCGAGAAACAUGACAAUUUUCUGUAACUUUUAUUGAUAUGAAAAACACUUUGAACAAUAACGGAGAUAUAACUUGAAACCUGUGACACCACAUUGACAUGCAAUGGCAUUUGGCCAGGACGUAUUUUAAAAAAUGGAACCUUAACUUUCGUUUUCUUUUUCAUAUAAUCAAUGAUUGUGAAAUAAAAAAUUUAUCUGCUCAG